AUGGCAGAAUUAAAAAAAGAUCGAACGUCCUGGACAGAGCAAGAGACUUUUGCUCUGAUCACGACGUGGGAAGACCAUUUGGCGGACCUGCGACGUACAAAAAGGAAUGCAAAGGUGUACGCCGACAUCGCGGACGCCCUACAAGCCCAGGAUGUCUCCAAGUCAGUCAAGGAGGUCAAAAAAAAGAUAGAGAACCUCGCGAACAAGUACAGGUCUCUGUGUCGAACAAGAACAACUGGCUCGGGGAGCGUCACCUGGAAGUUCUAUUGGGACCUGCACAGAUUUUUGGGGACGCUGCCGGCAAAUGAUAUCAGCCUGACAGAAGAGUCUGUUGCUGUGCCCUCUCCAGAGCAGCUCUUCCUGGAUAUGGUGGGGGCAUCAGGGUCAAAGGACGGCCUGGAGGACGACGAUGUGGCGCCGGUGGCUGCAGCAUCAGCAGAGGAGCCAUCACAGUGCUCCUCUGGCUCACCAGAGCUCUGUGGUGGCAACAGUCCAUCACGUGCCACACCCCCUCCUCCUCAGAAGACGAGGAAGAAGCGCCAGGCAGCACAGAGCACGCUCCUGGCGCAGCUGCUUGAGGAGCAAAGGCAGCUCAGGUACGCCCUUGAGCAGUCUAGGGCGAAAGAAUUGGAGCUCAGGGAGCGGCAGCUAGCUAUUCGGGAGCGGCAGCUGGAGCUCCAAGAACGUGCUGCCCAAAGGGAGGAAGCACUUAUAAACGUGCUUACUGAAGCUUUACAAAAAUGA